CUUGUCUAGAUGUGUUGAUCUAAAGGGGCUGAAAAUGCAUGGAAUGAAAAGUCAUGACUGCCAUGUUUUUAUGCAACGACUUCUGCCAAUCGCUCUUCGGGAGCUACUUCCGAAAAAUGUGUGGGAGCCUCUAACAGAGUUAAGUAUCUUCUUCAGGGAGUUAACUUCCACGUCACUGUCACAGGAAGAUCUAAACCGUAUGGAAACUGAGAUCCCAAAAAUCCUGUGUAAGUUGGAACGUAUAUUUCCACCCAGCUUUUUUGACUCUAUGGAGCAUCUUCCCGUGCAUCUUCCGUAUGAAGCUAUGAUGGCAGGACCGGUUCAGUAUCGCUGGAUGUAUCCAUUUGAAAGAUAUUUGAGGAAAUUGAAAAAAAAAGGUCACUAAUAAAGGCAGGGUCGAAGGGAGCAUUAGUAGUGGAUAUCUGCAAGAAGAAAUCGCUAAAUUUGCAUCCUAUUAUUUUGCUGAAGGCGAUCCGAUGUUACCCGUGCGUUUGGGAAGAAAUGAAACUUGUGAUAUGGAUAUCGAUGAAGAUGCCGACAGACUGGGAAUUUUUAAACCUAAGGGA